AUGACUGCAUUGCUCGAUGACAAUUUCCAACCAGGGCCACCGCAGUCCUACAGGUCCACGCGCUUGAAACAUGCAACUUUUGCAUUCUUGAAAAAACUUAAAGCUUAUAUUCGCUCAAUCAACCCAGUGACUAGAUCAGCGUUAUCCAAAUUACGAAAAAUUCAGGCUCGAGGAUACAAUGGUGGUGGAGCAGGAUACGUACUAAGUCGUGCAGCUGUGAAGCUGCUCCUGCAACGAGGUUACGGUGAUCGCAAAGCUUGUCCAUUCGAUUACUCCGAAGACGUUGGCAUGGGAAUGUGUUUGCAAAACAUGGAAAUCUACCCACAUGACACUAGAAACGAACGUGGACAACAACGAUUCCACACAUAUCGCCCUGACGACAUGUUCCAUGGAAAAAUAUUGGACGAAUGGCACUAUUAUAGGCAGAUCAAUGUAAGUCCCACGUUUUGUACAAAUGGUUUUAAUGGCCUUACAGUUCGUAGUGUAAGUAGGUAUACAAUUCAAAUCAGAUUUUUCUUUUAUUGGUGCCGGCAAUAUUCCAUUCCUUCUAUAACGAGCACGCUUCUACCUUCUUUAUAUAACAUAAAUAACGUCCCUAUGUAAUA